AGUACAUAACCACACAUAGUGAUUCUUAUAGACCAUUCCUUAAUACAUCUUACUAAGCUAAUAUCAAAGUUCAUUCAAUCACACACAGCAUGUCACUUCCUGAUCAGAUCAAGAUUGACGAUAUAACAACUGGCAAAAUCGACCCACAACUAAUCUAUGCCGAGAUCGACCGCCUUAAACUUGAAAUAAACAUUCUUCGAAAUGACAUGGCCCAAUUCAUUAGAGCACUAGCUAAGAUCCCACCGGAACAAUCACAACUGGAAUAUUUUCAGAUUGUUCAUCUGAGAUUAACUGCAGUACAACAAUCAAUCAAUGACUAUUGUGACAAGUAUAAUAAGCUAUUGCCUAUUAUCAACCUUGCUCAGAUUAAACUAGGGCAUGAUGUGGAAGCACCACCCCCAGUACGAAGUAAUGGAUCUACUGCAUCGAAUACUUUGAAUAAUACACCAGUCAUAAACAACAAGACCACCCCGGUAAUACCUAAUAAUGGCGUGCCUGGUAGAUUGAAUGGUAAUGGUUCCACAAAUUCUCCUACCCCUCCAACAAAUGGUACUCCUGGUGGUGCCAAUAAAAAGCGAGCUAAUUCUAUAAAGAAGAAGUAAGAAAGUCAACCUAUAAAAGUGGAUCCUUUAACAAAGAUCAAGCGACAAGAUGUCCCUGUUCAAUAGCUUAGAUAGUUAUAUAGGGACUGUAUCACAUCACAUCUUGUCUCAAGUUUAAAUCUCCCAAAGCUUCAAAGAUCUAGUUGGGUCAUGGUUUGUAUGUAGAGAUUUUCUGGUUCUAGCUGUUGAGGAAUGGGACAAAAUAUAGCAUUUAGCUUAAAUGAAUGUUACCUUGCAAAGGUUAUUUCAAAUUUACAUAACUUAGUUAGAAUUAUAAAAGAAAUGUACAAACAAGUU